AUGGAGUACGCCGAAGAGGGUAAACCAUUCCUCUCUGAAGAGCAUACCGCAACGAAGGGUGUCAGACGCACACGAAGCCUAAAGUACCAGUUACUUGACUGGACUUGGGUAAUAUCCACGGUGAUAUUUGCUUCACUUUCGGUUUUCCUCUACUUCCGACCCAUAAGCAGUGCGACAUACGAGCAUGGAUUCUCAACAGACCUGGAUGCGCUGAAAUCACAAAUCCAACUCCAUCAGGUAAAGUUUACCGGUGGACUGGAGUUAAAUGAAACAGGCAAGCUGCACCGCAUCAUCGACCCGGGACAACCACAGUAUGUCGGGCCUCCCACGCCUGAGAUCGACGCGGCGUGGGACGAGCUGAUGCUGGCCCUCGACCUGGAUCUCCCCGUGACAGAGUCAGCAGAUGUGACAUGGACAAUGAAAGGUCAAGAGAACAAUAAAUAUAGAGUGAGCCUCGACUUGUACCACUCGCUGCACUGCUUAAAUGCGAUUCGUCGGGCCCUAGAUUCGGAUUACUAUGAGCCAGGGGUGGAGCAUCCUUAUUUCUUUCGGCUACAUAUUGGUAUGGACUUUAAUUGA